ACUACGGGAACAUUUCAGGUUAUGAACAAAGUUCACUUCCCAGUCCGAGCAGAAGGGAACAUCAUCUGGAAAGAGCUGCACAUUUCUCUGUGUGAAGAUGACCGGUGUGGGCAGGCAAUGUAUGAAGCAAACCCGAUCCCUCGGCCCAAGAGCUUACUCCAAAAUCACAGGACAGCUGAAGCUGAAAUAUGACGCUGUGAUCAUUGGAGGAGGACACAAUGGUCUAGUAGCGGCGGCUUAUCUGCAGAAAUCUGGACUGAGCGCUGUGGUUCUCGAAAGAAGACAUGUGAUUGGAGGAGCAGCAGUGACAGAAGAGAUCAUUCCAGGUUUUAAAUUCUCCAGAGCGUCAUAUCUGCUCAGCCUCCUGAGACCGCAGAUUUAUAAAGACUUGGAGCUGAAGAGACAUGGGUUGAAAAUUUAUUUUCGUGAUCCUCAUUCAUUUACUCCAUUGUUGGAGAAUGUGAAGGGGCGUCCACCAAGGUCUCUAACUCUCGGGGCGGAUAUGGUGAAGAACCAACAGCAGAUCGCUCAGUUUUCGAAGAAAGAUGCCGAGGCUUACCCAAAGUAUGAGCACUUUAUGAAUCGCUUGGUGUCGGCAAUAGAUCCUCUUCUUGAUGCUCCUCCAGUAGACACGGCGGCCAUUACUCAGGGGUCACUACUGCAGAGGGUGAAGUCGCUUGGAUCUCUACGACCUUUAAUCAAAGCAGGAAUUACACUGGGGAGUCAGUUUCCUAAGUAUUACGAAGUUCUUACUGCGCCUAUAUCCAAGAUCCUGGAUCAGUGGUUUGAAUCUGAACCUUUGAAAUGUACUCUCGCUACAGAUGCAGUUAUUGGUGCAAUGGCAAGUCCAUCUACACCUGGAAGUGGGUAUGUUUUAUUACAUCACGUCAUGGGAGAACUAGAGGGGAGGAAAGGCUCGUGGGGUUACGUAGAAGGAGGAAUGGGCAUGGUGUCCAAUGCAAUUGCCAAAGCAGCGACAGAAGCAGGAGCUGAGAUUUACACAGAGAAGGUCGUAGAGAAGAUCUUGGUGGAUAACAAUGGAAAAGCUUAUGGUGUUGUUCUCCAAGAUGGGACAGAAGUGCACAGCAGGUUGGUCCUGUCCAAUGCCUCACCUCAUCACACAUUUUUAUCCCUCACUCCACAGGAGCAAUUGCCGGAGGAGUUUCUAACAAGCGUCUCGCAGCUUGACGCCAAAUCCCCAGUUACCAAAAUAAAUGUGGCUGUAGAUCGGUUGCCAAACUUCCUCUCUAUACCAAACACAUCGGAUGGCAGACCAUUGCCCCACCACCAAUGCUCCAUUCACCUGAACAGCGAACAUAUGAACCUUCUAGAUGAGGCCCAUGAAGACGCCUGUCGGGGAAAACCAUCAACAAGGCCUAUGAUUGAACUAUGUAUCCCCUCAACAUUAGACCCGACCCUUGCUCCUCCUGGAUGUCACGUCAUUUCCAUCUUCUCCCAAUACACUCCAUACACUCUGACUGGAGGCCGGCAGUGGGAUGAAGAAGAAAGGAAUAAAUAUGCAGAUAAUGUGUUCGACUGGAUAGAGAAAUACGCUCCGGGGUUCAAGUCGACUGUGAUUGGCAGAGAUGUCCUGACACCGCCCGACCUGGAGAGGAUAUUCGGCCUCCCUGGAGGGAAUAUUUUCCAUGGAAGUAUGUCUCUGGAUCAGUUAUAUUUUGCACGCCCGGGGCCUGGGUUCUCCGAUUACAGAUCUCCUAUAGAAGGGCUGUACCUGUGCGGCAGUGGAGCUCAUCCAGGGGGCGGAGUCAUGGGAGCGCCAGGACGUAACACGGCUUUAGUGGCACUGAAGGACCUGAAGAGGGCGCGGUGAUGUCGGGAGUCGUCUGUAUCUGGAAAUGGAAGAAUUUUCCUUCUUACAAAUAAAGCAACUCUUUGUA